GGAAACCGCUCAUCCACCACCAUCAUUACUCGCCGGUGUUUGAUAUUUUGGUAGGAUGUACGCAUGCGCCUCUCAUUGGGUUCUCGGAGCUUUUCGGAGUAAGUUGGAUGCGCGUCCUCCUCACUCGCAUCCCGAAAGCACAUCGAACCUGUGACGAUGGGGAAGCUCAGGAAACACCGCUUUGGAAUGUUGACCUUUUCCUUCUUUUGUACUUUUAUCUGCUGUGCGCAAAGCGCCAAAGAUCUGAGGGAUCCCAGUAACAUGCCGCUGGUUAAAGACACCGUCGACAGACUGAUGAAAGGCUACGACAUUCGGUUGAGACCAGAUUUCGGAGGUGCGCCGGUGGCGGUGGGGAUGAAUAUAGACAUAGCCAGCAUAGACAUGGUGUCUGAAGUCAAUAUGGACUACACGUUGACCAUGUACUUCCAGCAGGCCUGGCGGGACAAGCGUCUGUCCUACUCCGAGAUAGCCCUCAACCUGACGCUGGAUAACAGGGUAGCCGACUCGCUCUGGGUUCCCGACACCUAUUUCCUCAACGAUAAAAAGUCCUUCGUCCACGGCGUCACGGUCAAGAACAGAAUGAUCCGACUGCAUCCGGACGGCACCGUUCUCUAUGGACUCCGGAUCACAACCACAGCAGCCUGUAUGAUGGAUCUGAGGCGGUAUCCUCUGGAUGAACAGAAUUGUACACUGGAGAUCGAGAGCUAUGGCUACACCACUGAUGACAUUGAGUUCUACUGGCGAGGGGGAGAUGGAGCUGUGUCUGGGGUGGAGAGAAUAGAGCUGCCUCAGUUCUCCAUCGUGGACUACAAACUGGUCUCCAAGAAUGUGGUCUUCUCUACAGGUUCCUACCCCCGUCUGUCUCUGAGCUUCAAGCUGAAGAGGAACAUCGGCUACUUUAUCCUCCAGACCUACAUGCCCUCUAUCCUGAUCACCAUCCUGUCUUGGGUCUCCUUCUGGAUCAACUAUGAUGCCUCCGCUGCCAGAGUGGCCCUGGGUAUCACCACGGUGUUGACCAUGACCACCAUCAACACCCAUCUGAGAGAGACGCUCCCUAAGAUCCCCUACGUCAAGGCCAUUGACAUGUACCUGAUGGGCUGCUUCGUGUUCGUCUUCCUGGCCCUGCUGGAGUACGCCUUCGUCAACUACAUCUUCUUCGGACGGGGGCCCCAGAGGCAGAAGAGGGCCGCCGAGAAACUAGCCGUCGUCAACAACGAGAAACUCCGACCCGACCCCAAUAAGUGGAUGGUGGGAAAUGUAGUUCAGAGAGAUGAUGCUCUGUAUGCCAGAAUGAAACAGAGGGAAAUUGACGCGUAUGACACGAUGUGGGAUCCCAUCUUUGUGGACGAUGCCGCAUUAGGACUAGGCGAGCAAAGAAAUAAGAUGACCACCUCCCUGACUGAUGACAACAUCCUGUUUGGUUCCCUGGAGAUGAAGAAUGAGAUGGGGGGUGUUCCUCCUGAGCUGUCCAGGUCCCUGGGCCCUGGGGGUCUGGGUGACCCGCGCAACACCAUGCUGGCCUACGAUAGCUCCACGCUGCAGUACCGCAGGGCCGCCAUGGCCCGACAGAACUACGGUGGUGGACCUCACAGCGCACUGGAGCGCCACGCCACCCAGAAGAAGUCCCGCCUACGGAGACGGGCCUCGCAGCUCAAGGUCAACAUCCCUGACCUGGCUGAUGUGAACUCUAUCGACAAGUGGUCCAGGAUGAUCUUCCCUACCGUGUUCUCCUUCUUUAACGUGAUCUACUGGCUCUACUACGCUCACUAAGGAGAGAGAGAGAGAGGGAUAUCAUUGAUGAGAGAGAGAGAGAGAGAGAGAGAGAGACAGAGAGGGAGAGAGAGAGACAGAGAGAGAGAGAGAGAGACAGAGAGAGACAGAGGGAGAGAGAGAGCGCACCUAUUAUUUUGCUGAUUCAUUGUUAAAGAAAUGUGAGAAAAAUAGUUUUGGAAGGAAGGAGCUCUACACCUGAACACUUCUUCUACAGCAUCUAUCUGCCGUGACACUCUUAUGAUCUGGGAAUAACCUCUAAUGACUGACAGAGGAGAGGAGAGAUUUUAAAAAGACAAGACAGACAGACAUGGUGCCUAAUCCUGAAGAAAUGUCAAUAUAUCAUUCUAAUAUUUGUCAUUUGUAGCUUAACUCUCUGUGGAUCAAAUAUUUAUGCUUGUGUUUGCAUAUACUUUAAGGAUUUGUUUAGUUUUAGUCUAUGUAUUUUGUUCAUAGCCGAGCUAUCUGCAUCCAGGAAACCUUUUCUCAAGGGUUUUAAAGGGGUUCAUCCUUGAUUAAACUAUUUUCCUGUAGUUAUUGUAAUACAAAAACAUUCUUUAAAAAGCAUGCUUCUAUUUCAUUUCUGCUGCGUCUCCAUCUUUAUCGAUGGAGCACAAAGCAUUUGAGUUUUUAACUAGUUGAGGUUUUUUCUUCUGUGUAGCAAAGAGUGUCUGCAGAACUCUUUUCACCCCCCAUACUGUAGCUUAGGCUGAGCUUGGGGUUCAAUUGGGGACCAACAACAAUGGGCUACUGUAAGUGAUAGUACCGCAGAUGGUCAAUAGGGGGCACUCUUCUCUAUGGACAUUCCAAUGGGUCUUCAGUGUUGCCGUUUCUGUCCUGCCAAUUUGUGGGUUCGUGACCUUUAACCUAGAGAUCAUGACCCAUCAUCCAUUCUGGCCAUUGAAGUUCCCAUGAAGGUUUCAUAUGUAAAAGGUAUGGUACGACCAUGGAUCUUGAAGCUCUGACCUGCCAAGUGUUUUUGACCUGACUUUGUUGUACUGACAGAAUCUCGUAGUCCAUCACAUCAAACUGCCCUGGUUUAAAAGAGAGAGACAGUACUGUGUAACCCUCGCCUCUGCAUUGCCAGUGUGGGUGGCAUUAAGGGGAGAGAAUGGCUUUAUUUAUUUAUUACCCAGGGGGGUGCUUAUUUACAUUGCUGAUGGACAUCAAGAGAGCUAAGCCCAUCUUUCAUUGUAAUGAAAGUUCCUGCAUAAAUCUAGUAAUCCACAAUCAUAUCAAUAGAGUUGAUUGGUUCUAGAACUUUGACACGUUCCAUUGUGAUUAGGUUUUAUGUUUUGAUGAAUUGUAGAUAUAAUGUUUUAAAAAUCAUGUUGUAAAGGACAUGGUCCAUUUUUAUAAACUAAAUAUUCAUGAAAAGCCAGAUGUAUAAAUAUUAUGAAUGAAUUAUAUAUUUAAAUGGGUCUGUUGUUGUUUUUUGCAGUCUAACUAACAGGUAAAAUGUACCGUGGCCAGAUUAUAAAAAGAAAAAAUCUUAAAUUCGUUGAAGGAAAUAAUAUAUAUAUAAUUUUUCCUGACACUGUACUUUGUACUUGGAGUUUUUUCUUUGUUUAUAUUUCUCAUUUUUUCCCGUUUCUUUCUACUUUUAAAAGCAGCUACUUGGCAGCGAGGAAACAGAAGCUCUACCACUACCAUCUACCAGACUCUAAUAAAACAACUGUCUUUUUAUGCAUGGCUCAAAACCAUUUGUUUCUCUCCAGAAAUGACUGUGACAGGACCCGAGGUGAAUCAACCACGUUGCCAUGACGCAUCAUCAUCAUAUUUUCUACAAAGUUCCUGUAAAUUCCAAUUGUAAUAUUUCAUAAUAAUGACUCAUGUAAAUAACUUGUGUAUUGAUUGUCAGCCAUUAUGAAGAUGUACCUAAAUUCAAUUAAAACUCAAUUCAGCCUA